UUAUUCAUCACGUAGCAAGUUUCGUUGGAAAAAUCAAAAAAUAAUUUUACUGCUGAAAAUUAUAAAUAUUACUUUCUUGAAUCCAAGAUGGAUUUACUAUCGAAGCCAACGAAAGAGAUUACCGCCGUAGCCCCAAUAGUUUGCGUUAACGAUCCGGUUGAAAUCGGGGAGCAAAUAAAAUCGGACAUAUGUGAUGAGAACGAGUGCAAGUCGCUUCGCAGGGAUAUAGAAAUUAUGAGGGCGGACUACGACAAUUGGGAGCACAUUUUCAGAGACAUUCGGAUGAAAGUGAGCUUUGAGAUUACUAUAUGGGAAAGGGCUUACAAAGUCAUAUGCGAAAUGAUGGAAAAUAGCCACGUCGAGGCAAAUGUUGAUAAAGGCGAACGUGGCCUAUAUGUGAGACUAUCGCACAGGCCCAUCGAAUCGGUUUUUAUAAAAGUAGACCACAGGAAGGAUCUCACGUCCUUCACCUUGCCUCAAGCCUCUGCUUGGAUUCAGAAGAAAAUCAUUGAGCUUAAGAUAUCAAUAAGGAAUGUCGAUAAUGAUCAGCUGUAUGUAAAUGUUCAAAAAGAGAGAGUGAACUCAAUAGAAAAGUGUUUGGAUGACAGGGAAAAGUUUCUAGCUCAAAAAAGCAUAGCUGUUAAGCAACUAAACAAAAUUAAAGCUAAUUUAGAAAAGGUUCCAAGUACGUCUUCGGUAAGCGAGCAAGAUUGGGACAAAGAAUUAAAGGACUUUUUCUCUGAAGUGGAAAAGGACAACGCAGAACUAAGCCAAAUGACCGAUGAUAUUUUACAGUUGUUAAAUAAACUGUCUCGUCUCCGGUCUGAAAGUGUACCGGAUUCAACCGUCGAUAAUGUUAGAAAUGAUAUUAAUCAACUUCUUAUGAAAUUAGGUGGAAAUAUACAAACAAAGACUGCUUCUGAGUCUGGAAACUCGAAUUCAAUUGAUUUAACUGAAAAUGAAUCGUUUAUUAUCGACUCCACUAGAAAUAAUUUGGAAAUGACUUGUGCAACCAAAAAUAUUUCUGAAAAGAUAGAUUUGACACAAAAUAAAGACGUUUCCACAGAAAAUAAGUCGAUUAAACUAAAUAUAACUACAAAUGACUCGAACCAAAUCUAUUCGAAUGAAAAACGUCCCACUGAAAUCAACUCGAAUAAAAGUGAUUUAAACAAAAAUAAAAAUAAUUUGAAAAAACGAAAUUCUCCUGAAAGCGGAAAUUCGGUUAUGGGUAAGCUUGUUGAUUAUGCAAAGAAAGAUGAAAGCGUACCAAAAAGUCAAGAUCAUACAGACAAUGAAAGCGGAAAUUCGAUUAACGAAGAUGCAGAAAAGAAAAUUAUAAGUGAGAUAUCGAGCAUUAAGCCCAACCAAUUAGUUGAUAAUUCCUUGCAAAAUAAGAUUGACCUUCUAAGCUUAAACUCGCUCGAAUGUAAUGAAAAGGAUGGUUCUAAUGAAAAUGUUUCAAUUACAGAUUAUACUAAAAAUAAUUUGAUCAAAAUCGAUUCAAAUGAAUAUAAUUUAACUAAAAGCGAACCGACUGAAAAUGAUUGCAAUAAAAUCAAUGAUUCUACUAAAAAUGGUUCAAUUAAAAUAAAUUUGACUUUAAAUGAUUCAAACAAAAUCUUCUCGACUGAUAAAGGUCCCGCUGAAAUCAACUUAACUAAAAGUGAUUCGACUCAAAGCGAUUUCGUUAAAAUCGAUUAUGCUGAAAAUAAUACCAUUGAUUCCACUGAGAAUAUAAAUAAUUUGAAAAACGAUUAUUCUAAAAGUAGUUCUUUUUACUUCGACACGCCUGAAAAUGAGAUGAAACCUGAAGCAGACCAGUAUGUGAUUAAAGAAAAUGAUUUUGAUAAAAUCGGGCUAACUGACAAUGAUUCUAUUAAAAUCGGUUUAACUGACAACAAUGAAUUGUUGAUAAAUGCGAAAAAAUGCAAUUCAAGUGAAGUCGUUUUUACUGAAAAUGAUUCGACUCUAAAUGAUUCAAGUGAAAUUGACUUGACUAAACAUGGAUCAAUAAAAAUCAACCCGAUUGAAAAUGAUAUAAGCAACAUAGAUUCAACUAAAAAUGAUUCCACUCAAAAUAGUUCUAAUAAAAAAGAUUCGUCCGCAAAUGAUUCUACUAUAUAUUACUCAUUUGAAAUCGACUCGCCUAAAAAUGAUUUCGAAAGAAAAUUAGAUCAGUAUGCGACUGUUGAUUUCCAACACGAAAUCAAAAGCCAUGAUGAUUUUUACCAAAACAAAUGCAAGCCAAAAUGUGAAGAUGAAACGAACCACGAAAGAGGUGUUUCAAUUUUGAAAAACAGCGAUGAUGAAGCAAAUCAUAUAAACAAAUUAUAUAACGAUGAUUCCCAAGAGAAAAGCAAACCAAAUAUUAAGGAUGAUGAAAACAAUAAAAAUGGGAAUACAAUUUUAGCUACGCUUAAUGAGGAUGUAGAAAAACAAAUAUCAAAAAAAUACAAUGAUUAUUUCCAUGAGGAGUGCAUACCAAAUCAAGAUCAAAGAAUGGGUAACCUUAACGAGAAUGCAAAAAAUAAGAUUAAAAAUGAGAUAUCAAGCACUAAGCUUAAUCAAUUAAUUGAUGAUUCCUUGCAAAAUAUGAUUGACCUAUUCUCGCUAGACUCAAAUGAAAGGAAUGAUUCUACAAAAAAUGCUUCAAAUAACAUCGAUUAUACUGAAAAUAAUUUUAGUAAAAUCGGUUUAACUGAAAAUGAUUUGAAUAAAUACGAUUCGACUGAGAAUUAUUGGAAUGAAAUCAAUUUUUCUGAAAAUAAACAGAAUAAUUCAGCUGCUUCGACCGAAAAUAAUUUGCGUACAAAGGAUAUGGAAACAAAAGCAUAUCUGUCUUCUACUAAAAAGCUUCUGGAAGAAAAUGUAUGGAAUCUUGAAAUAAAUGAAAAAGAUUAUUCCGAAAAGGGAUGCAGACCAAAGUGCGAGAAUAGUAAUUUGAAUGAGUUAGACGAUUUUAAUAAAAAAUAUAUUUUUGAUAAUUUUAUUUUUGAUACUGAAAAUGGAAAAAAGGAAACGCAUAUUGAUCUUGAUCAAGUAGUAGAUAUUUCCCUAGAAGAUAUGUUAGAUCUUCCAAGCGAGCGUGAUCUUGAUGAUAAAGAAAGCGAAGGAAACUUUCUAGAAAGUAGCUCAAACAUACAUUUUGAGAAAGUAAACUCAAGUGACAUUAAUAGAAACAAAGAGUCUUGCCUAGAAAAACUGGAACAGUUAUUUUCGAAUAUGGCUAUUAGUAAUAAACUUGAUAAAUACGUUGACGAUUCAUUGGAACAAUUACAGAAGUUUUUACCCGACGGAAAACUGCAAUCUGAGGCAGAUUCAGACGAGUUUAUUUCAAAAAAUCUAUUGGAAAGUGAUAAACAACUUGAUAGGUACGUUGAUGAUACAUUAGAACAACUACAGAAUCUUUUACCCGACGCAAAACUGCAAUCUGAGGCAGAUUCAGACGAAUUUAUUCCAAAAAAACUAUUGGAAAACGAUGUAAAACUUGAUAAAUACGUUGAUGAUUCAUUGGAACAAUUACAGCAUCUUUUACCCGACGAAAAACUGCCAUCUGAGGCAGAUUCAGACGAAUUUAUUCCAAAAAAACAAUUGGAAAGUGAUAAACAACUUGAUAAGUACGUUGAUGAUACAUUAGAACAAUUACAGAAUCUUUUACCCGACGGAAAACUGCAAUCUGUGGCAGAUUCACACGAAUCUAUUCCAAAAAAACUAUUGGAAAACGAUGUAAAACUUGAUAAAUACGUUGACGAAUCAUUGGAACAAUUACAGAAGUUUUUACCCGACGGAAAACUACAAUCUGAGGCAGAUUCAGACGAAUUUAUUCCAAAACAACUUGAUAGGUACGUUGAUGAUUCAUUAGAACAAAUACAUAAUCUUUUACCCGACGGAAAACUGCAAUCUGAGGCAGAUUCAGACGAAUCUAUUCCAAAAAAACUAUUGGAAAGUGAUAAACAACUUGAUAAGUACGUUGAUGAUACAUUAGAACAAUUACAGAAUCUUUUACCCGACGGAAAACUGCAAUCUGUGGCAGAUUCACACGAAUCUAUUCCAAAAAAACUAUUGGAAAACGAUGUAAAACUUGAUAAAUACGUUGACGAAUCAUUGGAACAAUUACAGAAGUUUUUACCCGACGGAAAACUACAAUCUGAGGCAGAUUCAGACGAAUUUAUUCCAAAACAACUUGAUAGGUACGUUGAUGAUUCAUUAGAACAAAUACAUAAUCUUUUACCCGACGGAAAACUGCAAUCUGAGGCAGAUUCAGACGAAUCUAUUCCAAAAAAACUAUUGGAAAGUGAUAAACAACUUGAUAAGUACGUUGAUGAUACAUUAGAACAAUUACAGAAUCUUUUACCCGACGGAAAACUGCAAUCUGUGGCAGAUUCACACGAAUCUAUUCCAAAAAAACUAUUGGAAAACGAUGUAAAACUUGAUAAAUACGUUGACGAAUCAUUGGAACAAUUACAGAAGUUUUUACCCGACGGAAAACUACAAUCUGAGGCAGAUUCAGACGAAUUUAUUCCAAAACAACUUGAUAGGUACGUUGAUGAUUCAUUAGAACAAAUACAUAAUCUUUUACCCGACGGAAAACUGCAAUCUGAGGCAGAUUCAGACGAAUCUAUUCCAAAAAAACUAUUGGAAAGUGAUAAACAACUUGAUAAGUACGUUGAUGAUACAUUAGAACAAUUACAGAAUCUUUUACCCGACGGAAAACUGCAAUCUGAGGCAGAUUCAGACGAAUCUAUUCCAAAAAAACUAUUGGAAAGCGAUGUCGAACUUGAUAAAUACGUUGAUGAUUCAUUGAAACAAUUACAGCAUCUUUUACCCGACGGAAAACUGCAAUCUGAGGCAGAUUCAGACGAAUUUAUUCCAAAACAUCUAUUGGAAAGUGAUAAACAACUUGAUAAGUACGUUGAUGAUUCAUUAGAACAAAUGCAGAAUCUUUUACCCGACGGAAAACUGAAAUCUGAGGCUGAUUCAGACGAAUUUAUUCCAAGAAAUCUUUGGGGAAGUGAUGAAGACAUAAUUUCAGUCAAAAGCUCUGAAACUUGUAUCAUAGAUUUUACUCCAGACAAGCAAGGCAAAAGAGAUGCUGACUUGACCCUGGCCAAUAUCUCUAAGGACAACGAAAACUAAUCUCUGGAUGAAGUUUACGAUAAUUUUGAACUUCCUAAAACACGAAUUUAUUAAUUUUAUAAUUUGACUAAAAAAUGAAUAGUUGACUAAAAAAUAUUAUAAGGAGAUCAAAAAUACUGUUUCCAAAAAACUAUGUAGAUAAGAAUGUGAACGUCAUACCUAUUUCUUGUCUAUAUAGUUUUUUGAAAAUAGUUUUUUGUAAAAUCAACCUGUUUUGUCAUAAUGGCCAACUUAAUAAACGAAUUUGUCAAAG